CACACUCCAGCAGCACACUCCAGCCGAAGUCGUCCAGCAGCUAGGGAGUGGGGGCUGAGCGGCACACGGGGGGGGGACCCCGCCUCCCCCUCCCCAGCGGAGAAGAAGAAGAAGUCUCGCUCCGCACUGAGCGCCGUGCCACGAGGAGGAGGAGGAGGGGGGAGAAGGAGCCUGGAGACCCCGCCACGGGGCCCGACGUGGGGACGGCGUUGAGGAGGCGAUGCGCGGCGCCCGCGAGCCGCGGUGAUGCAGCCUCGCCGCCUGGUGCCCGUGAUGUCCGCGUGCCUGCAGCAGCACGCGCCGUGCCCGCAGCUCGCCGCGGCCCACGUGGAGGCGCCGCUCAACUCCACCAUGCUGCUGCUACCGCCGCCGGGCGCCGGCGCCAACGCGAGCGUCGUCCGAGGCGCCGAGGAGCAGGAGGUCUACCGCCUCUUCCCGCUGCCCGUUCUCGCCGGGGUCACGGCCGCCUGCUGCCUCCUCUUCGCCGUGGGGGUCGUGGGCAACGCGAUGACCAUCGUGGUGGUGAGCCGUUACAAGGAGAUGAGGUCGACCACGAACCUCUACCUGUCGAGUAUGGCGCUCUCCGACCUGCUCAUCUUCAUGUGCAUGCCGCUCGACCUCUACCGCAUCUGGCAGUACCGGCCGUGGCUGUUCGGGGACCUUGGCUGCAAGCUGUUCCAGUACGUGAGCGAGGGCUGCACGUACGCCACCAUCCUGCACAUCACGGCGCUCAGCGUGGAGCGCUACCUCGCCAUCUGUUUCCCGCUCAAGGCCAAGGUGCUGAUCACCAAGCGACGCGUCAAGGGGGUCAUCGCCCUGCUGUGGAGCUGCGCGCUGGGCAGCGCCGCGCCGGUCUUCUACAUUGUGGGGGUGCAGCUGGACGACGACGUGGAGGCCCUGCUGGUGUGGACCACGGCCGAGUGCCGCGAGAACGCGGAGGCAGUGCGCUCGGGCCUCCUGCAGACCAUGAUCUGGGUGUCCACCAUCUACUUCUUCCUGCCCGUCUUCUGCCUCACGGUGCUCUACGGACUCAUCGGGCGGCGCCUGUGGCGGAGGAGGCGCCAGGGAGGCGCGGGCCUCAGCGGCGCGCAGCGGGAGAGGAGCCACAGGCAGACCGUGAAGAUCCUCGUGCUGGUCGUGCUGGCGUUCGUGCUGUGCUGGCUGCCCUUCCACGUGGGCCGCAACCUCUUCUCCGGCGCGUCCGAGCAGGACGAGCGGGGUCUGUACGAGGUGAACCUGCACAUCAACGUGGCGUCGCUCCUCCUCUUCUACCUGAGCGCAGCCAUCAACCCCAUCCUCUACAACAUUGUGUCGCGACGCUUCCGCGAGGCCGCGCUGCGCCUCCUCGGCGCCGCCCACCCGCGGCGAUCGGCCCGUGGCCUCUCCGUGUGCCCCGCGUGCACCGACUCGGGCAGCAACGCGCUAUGAGCACACGGCGAGCUACAGCUGUGAGCUCCAGCUGUGAGCUCCAGCCCCACGGGCUCCAGCCCCACGGACUCCAACUGUGAACUCCAGCCCUGAGCUCCAGCCAUUAGCUCCAGCACUAACCCCAGCACUGACUCCUCCAGCUGUGAGCUCCAGCUGUGAGCUCCAGCAUAGGCUCCAGCAGCAACGCAUCCUGGACUCGAAGCUGUAUCCCUGACACUGACUCCAGCACUAACUCCAGCCCUGAGCUCCAGCCCUGGCCUCCAGCACUGACUCCAGCUGUGAGCUUCAGCACGGAGCUCACCGCUGUCAUCUCGAGCCCUGGCUCCAGUCGGGGGUUCAAGCCAUAACGCUGCACGCUGUCCCCCGCCUCGCUGUUGUAGGCUAGAGAGAUCAGUGUGUGUGUGUGCGUGUGUGUCAUUGUGUGUGUGUGCGUGUGUCAUUGUGUGUGUGAGUG